UCCGCCUUCAAGGGAAAGGGCGCUCCUCGUUUGGAAACCGAGCGCCAGCUGAGAAUAGAAACCGAAAGUGCAUCCAGGAGAAGCGCCCAGCUGACUGGCUCUCCCAGUGCCAAGCGACGGGAUCAGGAGAGAAACUGCCUACUGUAUGCCCCGGCGGGCGGGGUUGUGGUUUGGGAAGCAGCGCUCGCUAUUGCCUUCCCCGCGCUCCGAGAAGGAAUUGCUCCGUUCCCCAAGCCAGGACAGACCUCUGGCGGCGGCGGCGGCAUGGAAGCGGCCGCGACCCAGUCCCGAGAUGGGUCCAUCCUCUACUUGAUCUCUUGCUUUAGACCCAGGAUCAAGACCAGCGUCCAAGUGAAUCGAGUGCUGGACUUGAUGCCGUCCCUGCGGCCCGAGGAAAAAGUUCGGCUCCGAGCCGCGGCCAGAGAAAAGGGGGACGUGGAAGCCGCGGAGCAGCUGCUCUCCUUGGUGGAGAAGGAGGGCCCCCGGUCGGCGGGCAUGUGCCAGGAGUUCUGCGAGGCGCUGGUGCGGGGCGGCUACGACGCCGCCAAUUACCUGGACCCCAGCCUGAGCAACCUGCCCUCGCCCUCCCAGGAGGCGAUCGGCGACCUGGGCAGGGCUCUGGUGAACGGGUUCUUCGACCGCCUGACUGACGUACGGGCCAUUCAGGUGGCCUGCCAGUGUUUCGAAAAGGGGCUCUUGGAUGACGAAGACCUGGAGCGGGUAAUUGUUGAAAACCGCGCUCAUGGGAAUAAGUCAGCAGUGAGAGAAAUGCUCUAUAGGAUAGUACAGAAGAAAGAAUGGUUCUCGCCCUUUCUGGAAGCCCUACGUGAAGCUGGUCAUGAGAACAUGGCUGCUUACCUAAGUGGGCACACUAAUGAACAAGACGUAAAUGGAGCCUCUGACUUUUCAAAUGAAAUAUAUGAGGCACCCAGUUCUGAAGGCGUGGAGGAUCUGAAGCCAAGAACUGAAUUACGAGCCACUCUGGAGGGCGAGAAGAAUGUAUCGGAAAAGUCGUUUGAAGAUUUUCCUGCAGUUUCAGAAUCUGAUGUCAGUUUGCAAGAAACAAAUGCCUGUGAUGUGAGUGCAAACUCUGGACAGAUGAACCUUUUCAGUGGUGAAUCAGAUUAUGUUGGAAGUAGAGACAAAAGAUCUUCACCUGAACUAGAGCUGAGUCUGAGAGACUAUCAGAUUGAAGUGGCCAAACCAGCCUUGGAAGGGAAAAAUAUUAUUAUAUGCCUCCCCACAGGCAGCGGCAAGACCCGAGUUGCUGUUUACAUUGCCAGAGACCACUUGGAUAAAAAAAGAGAAGCAGAGGAGUGUGGAAAGGUUAUAGUUCUUGUCAACAAGGUGCCACUGGUAGAGCAACAUUUAGAGAAAGAAUUUUGCCCCUAUCUGAAGCAUUCAUACCGAGUAAUUGGGCUGAGUGGGUCAUCUCAGCUGAAAUUUUCGUUCUCUGAACUAGUUAGAAUUUAUGAUGUGAUUAUUUGUACGGCUAAGAUUCUGGAGAAUGCGUUGGAGAAAGUGGGUGAAGAUGAAGAAGGAGUCCAGUUAUCAGUGUUCUCCUUGAUCAUCGUUGAUGAAUGUCAUCAUACCCAGAAAGGAGCUGUCUAUAACAAUAUAAUGCGUUACUAUUUAAAAGAAAAAAGGGAGAAUGAGAAGCGAAAGAAAGAAGGAAAACAACCAGUGCCUCAGCCUCAGGUUCUGGGGCUAACAGCUUCACCUGGAGUGGGAGGUGCAAAGAAUCAAUCAAAAGCAGAGGAACAUAUUCUAACAAUAUGUGCCAACCUGGAUGCAGAUGAGAUUAUGACUGUUCAGGAACACAGCUUGCAACUGCAACAUCAAGCAAAAGAACCUCUUAAGAAGUUUGAGAUUGCAGAGGGCAAAAAGGAGGAUCCGUUUAGAGAGGAACUUGUAAACAUUAUGACUGAGAUUCAAGGUUAUUGCCAGUUCAACCCAAAUGCUGAGUUUGGAUCACAGACCUAUGAACAGUGGGUAAUUCAGGAGGAAAAGAAAGCUGCCAAGGAAGGAACUCGCAAAGAGAGGGUAUGUGCAGAACACCUGAAGAAAUACAAUGAUGCCUUGCUGAUUAAUGAAGCUAUUCGAAUGAUUGAUGCCUAUAACCAUCUCAAGAACUUUUAUGAGGAAGAAAGGAGUAGAAAGAUGGCAGUGAUGGAAGAAAAUGAAGAUGAUGAAGAUAAACUCAUAGUCUCACAACCAGAUGAAACAGAUACAUUUCUUAUAGAUUUAUUUUAUGCCAGACAAAGGGACUUGGAAGAGCUAGCUGAAAAACUACAAUACGAAAAUGAAAAAUUAACAAAGUUGCGCACAACUUUAAUGCAACAAUUCACAAAAACCAAUCAACCAAGGGGAAUUAUUUUCUCAAAGACUCGUCAAAGUGUAUUUGCUAUCUAUCGGUGGAUAAACGAUAAUCCCAAAUUUGAAGAAGUUGGAGUGAAGGCUCACUACCUCAUUGGUGCAGGACAUAAUAGUGAAUUUAAGCCUAUGACUCAGAAUGAACAGAAGGAUAUCAUUGGGAAGUUCCGUACUGGUAAGAUCAACCUACUAAUUGCUACUACCGUAGCAGAGGAAGGCUUGGAUAUCCCGGAGUGCAACAUUGUUAUACGCUAUGGCCUUGUCACCAAUGAAAUAGCAAUGAUGCAGGCUCGUGGAAGAGCUCGAGCUGAGGAAAGCACCUAUGUGCUUGUGGCUUCAAAUGGAACAGGAGCUGCUGAACGUGAAAAUGUCAAUAUGUUUCGUGAGCAAAUGAUGCACCGAGCCAUUAGGCGUGUCCAAGAGAUGCCACGUGAAGAAUAUUUACAUAAGAUUAAAGAGCUUCAGUUGCAAAGCUACAUGGAGAUGAAACUGAAGGCAAAGAAAAAACAGUGUAAACAAUACAAGGAGGACCUCUCCCUGAUAACGUUCCACUGCAAAAACUGCAAAGAACCAAAAUGUUCAGGAGAAGACAUUCAAGUUAUUUUAGAUAUGCAUCAUGUCAAUGUCAAAAAAGAAUUUGCGGAGCUUUAUAUUGUAAGCGAAAAUAAGACACUGCAAGCAAAAGAAGCAGAUUAUCAAACAAAUGGGGACAUUAUCUGUAAAAUGUGUGGUCAGAUUUGGGGAACUAUGAUGGUAUACAAAGGUCUUGAUCUACCUUGCUUAAAAAUAAAAAAUUUUGUGGUCUGUUUCAAAGAUAAGAAAUGCAUCUCAAAGAAAAUAUACAAAAAAUGGAGAGAGUUGGCCAUUAAGUUUCCACCUUUCAGUUAUGCAGAUCAUUAUAUUUCUAGUGAAGAAGAUUAAGAAGGCCAAGAGACUCUAAAGACAGAUGAGCUUUUUUCCCCUCAGAUUCCCAAAGACAAAAUCAAAGAAGCUGUUUUCUUAUGUCUGAAUGACUGUGUAUAUUGUGCAAAAACUUGCCAUUUUUUCAUAUUCUGGAUUCUGUAUGUUCAGAGGCAGUUCAGAUCUAAGUCACUAUGUGAAAAGGAAAAAGUAGCUUCAAGUGCUGCAUCUCUAACCAGGAUGUAAAAUGAUUCAGUGUGGGAAUUUGCCUUUUACCUUAAUGGGAUUUUCUGCAGUGGACAAAAGGGCCAUGCCAGUGUAGAACUAUUUCAUUAAACUGCAUAAAAGAUCAGAAAAAUAAUGUUUUAAAAAUACCAAUUCUUUUAUUACUUAGCAUGCAGCUGAUACUUUAGGAAAAUUCUUGUAGAAUUAUACAAUUUCUAUAUCUGUUUUGGAUUAAAUUUAUGCAAAAAGACUGUUUUACUGUGGUCUGAUUCUAAUAAAGUAGAAUACUUACAGUAUAUUUGCAUUUCACUUAGAUGUUUCACUAUUUCAAGUACUUGGCAAUUUGAAGUUUGAUUUCCAUACUACAUGAAAAAAAGUUUAAGUGAUUCUUUAGUUCUCUUUGGGUUGAUGGUAGACUGUUUUAGCUCCAUCCCAUAUCCUUGCUUUCCCUAGAUGAACAUUUUAGGUGACUGAAAUGACUACAUUAAAAAGUCCAGCACAAUAAGUAAAUUUGUUCUUAAUAAUCCUAUAAAGAAGUGAGCUGAAAAUAAAAGUAUCUGGCAUGUUCAUGGAUUCUGAUACAAGUCUGUGUUGCUUCCACCUUUGCCAUUUUUAUAAAGAAUUCAAGUAACA